CAAUGAAUCUUAGAACACUAAAAAAAUUUUUAAAAAAAAGCAAUCCGCAGGGAGUGCGGGUCGAGUCUGUGAGCGUUGCCGGACGAGGCUCCCGCAGCCUAUAUACCUGCACUCCACCCGGUAGCCCGGCCGGCAUCCUGGUAGCUAAUGUCAGAAGAAAGUGACUAUCUGCGAACCAGCCCCUCUGUAACCUCGCUCUCAGAAAAUGAGCUGCCACCGCCGGCCGAGCCUCCCGGCUACGUGUGCUCGCUGACGGAGGACCUGGUGACCAAAGCCAGGGAAGAGCUGCAGGAGAAGCCGGAAUGGAGACUUCGAGACGUGCAGGCCCUCCGUGACAUGGUGCAGAAGGAGUGCCCGAACCUGAGCACCUCCCUGGACGACGCCUUCCUGCUGCGCUUCCUCCGGGCCCGCAAGUUCGAUUAUGACUGAGCCCUGCAGCUCCUGGUCAGUUACCAAAGCUGCAGGAGAAGCUGGCCUGAGGUCUUCAACAACCUGAAGCCCUCGGCCUUAAAGGAUGUCCUCGCUUCGGGAUUCCUCACCGUGCUGCCCCACACCGACCCCCGGGGCUGCCACAUCCUGUGAAUGCGCCCGGACAGAUGGAUACCGAGCAACUACCCAAUUACCAAAAACAUCCGAGCUAUAUACUUGACGUUAGAAAAACUCAUUCAGUCUGAAGAAACCCAAGUGAAUGGAAUCGUGAUUCUUGCGGACUACAAAGGAGUGAACUUAUCAAAAGCAUCUCACUUUGGCCCUUUUAUAGCCAAAAAGGCGAUUGGCAUCCUUCAGGAUGGCUUCCCCAUUCGGAUAAAAGCAGUCCAUGUAGUGAAUGAACCUCAAAUAUUUAAAGGCAUUUUUGCCAUCAUAAAACCAUUUCUGAAGGAGAAAAUAACAAACAGAUUUUUCCUCCAUGGGUCUGACCUGAACUCUUUCCACACAAGUCUUCCCAGAAGCAUUAUCCCCAAGGAGUAUGGGGGCACGGUGGGAGAGCUGGACAUCAGCGCCUGGAAUGCAGUGCUGCUGGCCUCGGAGGAGGACUUCAUGAGGGAGUUCUGCCAGCCGGUCUCUGUGUGCAACAGCAUCCUGGGUCAGGCCCUCUCGCCUGAGGGGCUGACCUCGGACGUGCAGUGUGAUGAUUCCCUGCGGGCCGUGAAAUCCCAGCUCUACUCCUGCUAUUAG